UCGAGGAUUGGUGGUUUUAUGCAUCAUGCAUAUUUACGCUCACAUACUAGCUGCGGAAGAUGACGAAGCGGGCCGGGCAGCGAGGGUUGUGCAAAUUGCGAGGACCGUAUUUAUGCAAAUGCCCGCGCAUUCGUGUUGCACCUUGCGCCACUUUCCUUACCGAUGUUCCUCACCCAGCAAAUUGACUUCGUUAGCAGUCUCUCUCUCUAUUUCCCGAUUCCGCGGAAGGAGGAAGGGAAGAGGAGAGGGAGAGAAAAGGAGGGAAUCGAGGUGGAAAACCUCGAGGGGAGAGGAGAGGAGAGAAAAGAUGGCGCGGCAAGAAACGAGGAAGAGUGCACACGGCCUUGUAAGAUUCAUCUUCGUGCAAGUACAAUAGAAUAUUCCGUUCCUCUAAAAGUUGUGCGGGCCGGAACGGAGAGUCUGCGCGAAACGGAAAAGAGAGCGCAGGGUUAAACAAAACAACACUGUUAAACUACCUUCUGGGAAGGGGAGAACAAUCUCGAUAUCGCGACGCGUCCUCUACUAGUAGUAUAUACCAGUAGAAACGUUUCACAUCCAAUUUGUUCCUCUCGUUUCGCGGUAAUCGCUCGCCAAUGACUUUCUCCCACUCAUUUCCUCGGUUCUCGGGGGUUCGAUGCUCGUCAGGCCGUGCGCUGCUCCUCUUCGAAGCGUGCACCAAAGCUCGCCCACGUAUCCUCGUCUCCUGCUAUCCUCACCCGCUCGCUAACCAAGAGUCGGCUAACAAGGGCCAGCCCCCAUCGCGCAAGCCGCUUUCCAUCGACCAAUCGACGCCUGGCGGUGGCCGCAUCCACCCCUCGGCGGCGAGUUAGCUCGGCCAAUGGGCGAGUCGGAGCUGAGGGUGGAACGGGGGUGGCAUGGCGCCACCACCCCCAAAAUGGCUGCGAAAUCGCGCGAGCAUUAGGCAGUCCGUUCAAAAUAAACGGGCGGAUUAAUUGGAGCGGGGUGGCGCGGGGUAGGAAUCGGCCGAGGCAACCCCUGACUCGCGUGCUCUGACUCUUCCUCCUCCUCUUCCCACCCAGGUAUCGAGCAACGUGCGCUUGUCGAAGAGGAUGACGACGAUACCAGGCAUUUUGGACAAGCAUAUCCGGUCAUCCCCUCGACGACGACCUCCAGAACGACGCCGAGCGUCCACACGUUAGCAUGAGACUCGACAUUUUCGUGAUCGAGGUGUUCUCGCGCCGACAACCGGCUCCGAUUCAAUCGAUCCGCGCCGAUCUGUUUCUCUAAUCGUUCGUUUCAUUCGGUUUGUUUACGUUCGAGGUGUAAUAAUGCAGGAGCACAAGUCGUUCCUCAUAAGGGAUCUUCUGGGGGAUGUUUUGUCCGAGCGGGUGCACGAAGAUUCCGAGGACGAUUCGGCCGUUCACUCGGACUCUGAGGACACGAUCGACCCUGGAAGCAGCCCGUGCACCAGAUUGGAAAGUCCUCCGCCAGCACUCUCGCCAUCUCCGGCGGCAGCGACUUCUGGCAAGUCGUGCGGAACGAGCAGCGGCCCUCCAAGCGGCAGGAAGCCCAGAAGAAGGCGAACCGCGUUCACCCAUGCCCAACUCGCUUACCUGGAGCGAAAGUUUCGCUGUCAGAAGUAUCUGAGCGUGGCAGACCGAAGCGACGUGGCCGACGCCUUGUCGCUCUCCGAGACCCAAGUCAAAACGUGGUACCAGAACAGAAGAACGAAAUGGAAGCGGCAGAACCAACUGCGGCUGGAGCAGCUUCGGCAUCAAGCGACGGUGGAGAAGGAGUUGCUCGUGCGAGGCGUGGGCCUUCACCACGGCAGCAUAGACGCCUACUGUCCACCGUACAACGCUCAAGCCCAGACCCAAAGCCACCCGCCCCCGCCGCCCCCGCCCCCGGCGCCCUCCACCGCCUCGACGGCCGCGUUCCUCUCGACGGCCGCGGCCCUCUUCCGGAACGUCACCUACGUCCACGGAUGCCCCCUCUAACCCGGCGUCACGCCGCGGUUCCAGGAUCGUCUCUGCUUCCCGGCCGCCGGCACUGGGGGCCCUCCUCCCUUCACCGGAUCCCCUUCGAGCGGAGACGAAGCACGGGCCGGGACGAUCGGCGAGCGAGUCCACUCGCGAAUUCUAGAUCUCGUCGAACUCGUGAGAUUCGCGGCGGUUGUUGUCGUCGCUGAUCGACGCGCGUUCCAUUCACGGCUGGUGGUCGUUCGUGCACGCGAGAAGAGACCGGUUGUCGCGUUCUGGGAAUACGGUAAGGGAUCCGCGCUGCCUACGGGGCACAGUGAAGUGCGUGGACCGAGGAAAUGUAAACGCGAGGGGAGAGAUGCGAGCAGUUUUGGAGAUGCCGAGGUGAGGAUCUCACGUGAGGGAUGGUGAUGGAGUUGUUUCUCCAGUGUUUAUUUCUGCAUGCGAGACAGUGUACAUAUGUAAUUAUUACGAAUGAGGUUGAUAGUCGUAGCACACGUUUUUCUUUCUUUGUUUUUCACGAGGGAACUGUUGGGGAGAGGGAUAUGUAAGGGAUUCGUUGCAAUCGAAUUAAUUAAUUUUUUUUAACGAAUUUUCGCUUGUUAUUUGUAUUUAAUUUUAGGACAGAAAAGAAAGAAAGAGUUGCGUGGUUCCUUGCACUUGGAAGGAACUAAGACCAGUCGAGUCUAGUUGAGUCGAUAGCGAGUCGAAUUCGUAGAUGUGUCAUAGGCUCCUUAGGAUAAUUGUAAAGGGUCGAAGAAGGAGAAUUGCUACGACGUGUGCAAUGUUUCUUCGCGGCAGACGAACCGCGUUUUUCUUUUUUAGAGAUAUAGUUUGCCAAGCUGGUAACAUCGAUUUACUUUCUCCAUUUAGUCGGCGAAUUUUCGUCAACCGAAGAAUUCUUGUAGAUAAAAUAAAUUAUUAUCAGAACAGAAAAA